AUGAAGUUGAAACCGCCACAAAUGUUGGCGAUGAUUUCGCUCUAUCAGCGAGAGUUGGAAAAUCACCUGCGACCUCUUUAUUCUUCUCAGGAAAACGUAAAUUUUCAUUUGAAAAAUUGAUGUGUUCAAUCAAUUUCUAGGUUGGCUGUUUGAAAGAGUUCCUGCCAAGCGGCGAGAUCUCGAAAAUCGCUGAUGAGGCCGACGGACCCGACGAUUUUUGUGUCAAGUUGCUGAAUUCUCUGAGAGAAUCUCCGUUGAAAAAUCGUCUUUAUGAUGCUCUUCUGAAUUUUUUGAAGCUUCAAGGUUUUUUUUCCGUUCUUGUUGGAAUUGAUAUAAGAAAUGGCUUUUUUUAAAUGCAAAAAUCUCUAGAUCCAAAUUCUGAUUUGCUCAAAUGGUUCGCCCUAUCUGCGGACGACAACCGUCGCAGUCAGUUCAAGUUGGAAUUAUUUUCCCUUUGCAAUUGUACCGAUUUUUUCUUUCAGCGCCGUUUUGAUGUAUUACGACGAGUUCAUGCAGCAUUUGAACGUUAAAAAGACGAUUCAGUACUUGAAAUUGUUCAGCAAAUACACGCAGAUCGUGGCGGCGCUGGAAAAUAACUUUCACUUGAGUAGGUUUUGAGUUUAAUAAAGGAAAAUUGUUUACUAUUAUUCAUAUUUCGAAUGAAUUGCAGUUAGAUCUUGAAAAUCAGAGUUUCAGUUUGAAAUUUUUCCUUUUCUAGCUUUCCUGUUUCAUAUUCGGUUUUCCGCUGGAUCGAUCAUAAGAAUUUCUGCGAGAAAGAAAAAAACCGCUGAAGAAAGUUACUCCACCUUUAUUGUUAUUAAUAAAAAAACAAACUUUUUGGAAAUUUGUCAUUGAUUUUUUUAAACAAAAAAAGGACGAAAAAAAUUCGAAUAAAGGAUAAUAAAUAUAAUCAAUUUCAGACGUUGAAAGUCCGGAAGCGAACAAGAAAAACCUUGUUGAAAACGAUCCCGCGACUCGGAGUCAUGGCCGUUUUUGAUAUCCUCAAAGUGAUUUAUGAAGAAACCGCCGAAGGAUCCGAUUUCGUGGAGAGGAUUUUUCCCUAACUUUGCCAGAUAUUACAGUAAGUUUUUUUAGUAUUAGAAAGAAAAAUUCAAUCAAUUUCAUUUUUUUAUCACUUUCGAUUGGAGGAAAAAAAUCUUUUUAGGUUUUAUUUCAAAAAUUUGCAAGUUUUUUUGGCGUGAAUUUUUGAGAUUAUUCGAGCUUUUAAAACGUUUUUUUAGACCUAAGAAAUUUUCAAUAUUUCAUCUCUUCAAAUUCGAAAAAAAUAGCGCAAGUUGGGUAUAUAAAUUGUUGAAAAAAAUCAGGUCAAGCUUAUUUUUUUGCUUCUGUGUAUCAUUUUAUUGCUUAAAUUGCAAGAAUAGUACAAUUUGGGUAUAUAUAUCAUUGAAAAAUUCAGAUCAAACUUAUUUGAAUUGCAUUUAGUGCCUUAUAGCUUCAAUUUGAAAUUAAUAUUUUUUUGCUAUUUUCAAAGACUUACGCCUUUUUUUCCAGGUAAACUCUGCCAUGAACAGGGAUUUCCCCCGACGGAUUUAUUAUUGUCCUGUGGAGGAAUCAAUGACGGAUUUCAUGCGACAUCUCGAUCUGGGCACUACGAGCCUGAAUCCGCGUUAUAGGUGUCGUAUAUUCAUCUUUUUAAGAAAAAUUGAUUUAUACCUUGAAAUUUCCCUUCUCAGAGAAGAAAGUCACUGUAAAAAACCGAGUUUUAGUAAUAAAAAAAUUGACGAUUUCUAGAAUAAUAAUUAUUUUUCUCGUUUGACUCAGUUGAGCACCUUAAUUCCAGAUUUUUGAAGCGUAGAAACUUGAAAAAAAUACCUUUUUUUAAAUAAUCCCAAUCAAUAAAUUUUUUUCAUUUUUUUGCAUAGAUAAGUUCUCGAACCUCAUUAGAAAGUUUACUUAAAUUUCUAAAAUUUACGGUUUUUUUUUUUAUUCCAAGAAAUUCUUUUUGAAGCUUCGAUCAAGUUUUUUAUGUACAGUUCGAAUAAUAGCAGCUGAAAAUAUAAUUUAUUGAAACCUUUGGUUGAACUCAGUUUUCACUCCAAUCCCAAAAAGUUAUAAAAGUUUCGCGAAAUUUCGCUAGUUCAUUUUUUCUUGAUAGAAAAUUUUUGGCACAAAUUCAUGGUAAAGGCUUGAUUUUUUUCAGAUGCAGUUCCGUUAAAAAAAUAAAAAAAUGUAAACGCUUUUUUUGAGCAUAACUUUCUUGGGGAAAAAUUCAAUAUUUCUGAAAUUUUCUGAUGUUUUGAUUACCGUUAUUCGUGAAAUUCUAUAUAAAUCCAGUUCGUAGAUGCAGAUUUAUAGAGUUUCAAAAAGAUAGAGCUCCAUACGAAGAAGUUCUUAGCAAAAAAAUGUUUUUUUCGUAUGACGACACUGUAGAAGUUCUUUCCGAAUCAAUUAACCAUGGAAAGAUUCAUCAUUUUCUCAUUCAGUUGGAAGUUUACGAAAGCAAAAAAACGUAUAUACCAAGAAAUUUCAGCGAGAUCGAUUUCAAUUGGGAAGGAAUCCCGGAACGCGACAAUUAUGAACGAGAUUUGUUGCUUUCCGUCGAAAAAUAAUUCGCAGGAAGGUUAAUUUUCUUUUAUCACAAAAAAACUUCAAAUUUUGUCUAGAAAUCCCGAUUCGUUUGAGAGAAUAUCAGAAGGAAUUGUGUGAAAAAAAGCUCUCGGCGGCCUUAAUACAGUCAUUUGCGCUCCGACUGGUGAGAAAUCGGAUCUCUAGGAGAAAAAUUGUAAUUUAUUUCUUCAGGCUCCGGAAAAAAACGGUCGUCGCAGCGAAAAUCAUCAAAAGCCAUUUGGAUUUUGCUCGAUCCGAAGGAAGAAGAGCCAAGGUUUUGAUUGGGAAAUUCGAAUUUUUUUGUUGAGAAAUGAAAGAAUUCUUUUUAAAAAAAGUUUACAAUGAAGCUUAUAACGCUAUUUGAGAAAUAAAAAAAUCAAUUUUUUUCGAAAUUUUUCUUCCUAAAAAGUUUAAUUUUUUUGAGUUUUUGAAUGUUAUCUAGACCUUCUAUUCUGCGUUUUUUUAAAGUCUCCAAUUUUUUUCCUCACUCCAUUUUUCGUUAAAAAUAUACUACCAAAGAAAAAAAUUUUUUUAAAUUCUUUUUUUGUUUUCAACAAUGCUGAAUUUAGAAAUGACCGCAUUUUCACAGCUUGGUUGAACGCCUGUGAAAAAUCUAAAAAUAUUGUGAAUUUCAAAAAAAUAGAAAAAAAUAAAAAGAAUUUGAAGGCAGGAUAAUUGUGUAUUUUCCAAGCUAAAAAAACCAGAAACUUUAGAAUUUUUCAGACGGAAAGCUUUAUUUUGUAAAUUGCUCUUUGAUGGCCCAUUUUCGUUAUAAAUAAAAAAAUGUUUCACUUUUAGUUUCACCAUUUUUUCGUUUUUUUCCGAAUUUUCCAGGUCCUUUUUCCAGUUAGGUCUCAUUUUUCUGCUAGUUUAGUUUAAUUUUUUUAUAUGAAAUAAAUUGAAAUUUUAUAGUAAUAUCAAGGAAAUUAAAUGCAGGUUUGUGUAGAUUUAAACUGAAAGAAAGAGAAAAAUUCAGAAUUUUUUUACAGGGAGAUCUUUAAUUUUUGUAAGUUUUAUAGAUCAAUUUGUUUUUCCAGUUGUAGGAGCUCCGUUCUAUCUUUUCUUCGCAAGUUUAUCUGAAUUUUUUUCAGGUCCUUUUCAUGACCCCGAACAGUGUGAUCCUUCAGCAGCAGGCGGACAAUAUAGGAAAAAUAUUUGAAGCAUCGUUACAGGGUUUAGUUUUCAUUUCUUUUUCUUUAAAUCUUUCAAUUUUCUGCUCUUCUUUCAAAAAAACUUCAAAAAGAACAAAGGACGCCUUGCAGACUUCGACAAUCCAAGGCGCCGCCAAUUCGCCAGUUUUGGAAGUCAUCAAAUCCCACGAUUUGGUCCUGUCAACACCUCAAAUGAUCGUGUUUGUUUCGGUCUUGAUUUUCUGCCUUAUAGAUGUCUUUUUUCAGAAAUCUCUGCGAACCUACUGUAUCGGACUCUCUCGGGGUUAGUUUCAAAAAAAGAAUGGAACAAAUUUUGUGGAAAGAAAGCUUUGAAAUUUACGAAAUGGAGCAUUUUGAGCGGAAUUUCGAAGUUUCAAAAUUGUUUUAAGUGAUAAUCUCUGCCGGUAAACACUGGAUACCAAAGAUUUUUGGCAAAUUUAAAUUAAAAAAAGUAAUUUAAUUUGAAGUGAUCUUUUCAAAUAUAUGAGAGACAAUAUCGCAUAAAGUUUUUUUUAGCGGAUUUUUUUAAAAAGAUUUUAUAACUUUUUAAAUAUUAUAUUUUCCCCUGAUUCAAUUUUUUUAAUUUUUGUAUAUUUUUUUAACCAAAAACAAUAAUGAUGAGGAAUGUUUAACUUUAAAAAAAGCCAAUUGUAUGAGAAAACGGAGAUUUUUCAUUUUGUUUUUUGAAAAUUAUCCCAUAUAUCCUUCAUAAAGUUGUCAUAAAAAGUACUUAGCGGUUUUUUUUUCCAAAUUUCUUCACUCUGAAAUCGAAAAAAUCGAAAAAGAAGUACACGUUUCAAAAGGAUCGGGAAAAGCCGGGAUAGUGGUAAAUGACCAUGAAGAUGAAGAGGCUCCAAAAAGGCCGUAAAAAGGCAGCAAAAAGGUAGCAAAAAGGCAGCUAAAAUAGUCCCUUUUUCGAGCCUUCUGUUUUUUCUUUUGAAGGGUCGAGAAAUGGUGGAAAAGGGGAGAGACAGCAAAAAUGGUGCAGAAGAGCCGAUUAAAUGGUACAAAAAGCGCAAAAAAGGUAGCUUUUUCCCCAUAAAAGGGGCAUUUUUAUCGAGCCUUUUUCGACACUUCCAACUUUGCCCACUGACCUGAAAACUCGAAUUUAAAAUUUCAACCAUAAAAAGCACAAAAAAAAGCUUUUGACAUUGUAAUAUGUCUCCAAUCAUUUUCAGAAGCCAAGUGAAGUAUUCUACAUCUCAACGUUCAGCCUCAUCGUUUUCGACGAAUGUCACCGGACUCAGAAGAAAGAACCAUACUCCAGUCCGUUGAAAUCUUUCUUUUUCGAUUCUUAUCGCUUCAUUUUCAGUGCUGAUGCGAUUUUAUCACGAAAUCAAGAACAAAGUGGUGCCGGAAGGACAUGUUCUUCCACAGGUUCGUGAUAGAGCUCAAAAAAAAAAGAAUUCAUUGAGAGAACAGGCGUUCUUUAACUCCAAAUCAGCUAGAAGUUUUGGAAAACGCUGAAGAUUUGGGAAAAAGUUUUAUCUUUCUCAUCUUUCUGGAAAUAAAUUUUAGUGGCCACUAUAGAUGCUCGCCAAGGACUACUUGGAGAGGACACUAAAGAGGCCACUAAACCCACCUCUAUAGUGGCCACUAAUCUCCGUUUUAGUGGCCACCAUAGAGGUUCUAUAUUUAGUGGCCACUUUAGUAGUUUUUCAUUUAGUAUUCCUUCCAGUAACUCUGAUUUAAAACAAACAGAUUGGAACAGUUAUUUUGAUCCAUUGCCCCUAAAGUGGCCACUAAAAUUUUUAGUGGUCUAGUAGAAGCACUUGGACCUCUAUAGAGGCCACUUACUUUUAACCCCUUAAGUGCCCACUAAUUGGAUUACUAUAGUGGCCACUAAAACGUCAAAACCCUAGAGUGACCACUAAAAAUUUUCGCAGUUCCUUCGAAAAGAAAUGAUUGAGUUCUAUUGAGAUUUCUCUUAAGAAGUUUCGUUAUCCCUAUAGUGAGCACUCUAAUAACCAACCUAUUUUAGCUAAAAAUUCAGGAGGAGUUCCAAAAAAAAAUUUUCUUUUUUUUAAAUAUUAAACUUUUUUGUAAAUAGCUCUCUGAUCCAACAACUGAACAUUGAAAAAUAAAACUUUUCUCCAGAUCGUCGGUCUGACGGCGUCCCUGGGCGUUGGGAAUGCGAAAAGUGACAUUCAAGCCUGCGAAUUCAUCGCGAGAAUAUGCGCCAACAUGGAUUGCAAGGUGAAAAUUGGUUUUAAUAAAAUAUCAAAGUUUUGAAUGGGUCUUGAGAAAAUUUCCGAGUUUUUCAGUUAGUUUUUACUUUUUUUCUGUGGACAAUGGCUUGCAAAAAUUAGAAAAAGUUUAAAUUUUUUUAGAUAAUUUUUUUGUGUUCAUUUGGUAUUUAAUCGAUAAUCCCUUUUUUUAAAAAAAUUUAUUUUUUUAGGUAUGAGAAUCAAAAAAUUUUUUCUUAAUUUGUUUCGUGUAAAAAAAGGUCCGCAUAACUCAAUCAAAUCAAAUCAAAAAUCAAAAAUGUUUUUAUUUCUCACACACAAGUACUAAAUUUCACGAAAUAGAUGUAGGGAGAGUUUGGGAACAUAUGUCUAUUAUUUUUUUUUUCAGUCAACUCAGUGAAAUGUUUUCGUUCAGAAAUUUUGAAUUUUUUAAAAUUUAAUAGACUAAAGUUCGGUUCAAUGGCAAAAGCGCGUCUUUCAUUUUCGUGUGUUUUUUUUUUUUUCUGCUUUUUCGGAACGUCUAUCAGGAAAAAAAACAAUUACCAGUCCAUCUAAUGGUGAAAGUUUUUGACCAGGAAAAAUGAAAAAAACAAAUUUUGUUUCCCAAAGCGACCUGUAAAAAAACUGUUUUUUUUCUUGCUUAUUUUGCGUAGAGAAUGCUUUGGAACUUAAAAUUGAAUGAAAAAAGAAAGAAAACUAAAAAAAAAUCGAAAUGAGGGCAUUUUUUUUUUAGGAAAUCAGCACUGUACGGCGGAAUUUGGGAGAACUCGCCAGUUUUUCUCCGUAUACUCCUGAUGGUAUUUCAAAACAUUAUCUUAAAAUUUAGAGGGUAUUGGUUUUUUAGAGUGUGAACUAGUCGAGAAAAAGUCGAAAAUUGUCAGCGGAUGGAAUUUCGCCGACACUUUGACCGACAUGAUGAAGAACUUCGAAUUGCGGAUGGCUGAUAUCAUCAGAAUUGAAAGUGAGUCGUUGAAGUUGUUGGAAUCUGGAGAUAGUUCAUGGAAAAUUGUGCCGUUAUCACUUCAAAUCAGUCUCAUUUAAUCGACUAGUCUGUAAAAAAAAGACUUUUAAAGCCUUAUACAGUUUGUGUGCCACGACUUGAAAUUUCACCGAACGACAUUCCGCUGUUCCGCUGCGGUCGCGAAGCGUCUUUCGAAUCUAAGUUACGUUUUCAAUUUAUCGUUAUUGCUGUGGGAGCACAGGAAAGUGGAGAACCUUGAUAAGAAAAAAAAAAAUUAAAAGCGCGACCAAGGUUCGCAAAGGCGCGCAGCGGCAGAGCGGAAUGUCGUUCGGUGAAAUUCCAAGUCGUGGUACACAGGCUAUAGAAGUCGCCUAUGCCGAACUAGAAGUCCAAACGUGUAGUUGAUCAUGUUGAAAACAUGGUCUUACGGUUCUUUGCCUUGUUCUUCUGCGCGUUGACGAGCUCAGAAUGAAGGGAAUCUUGUAGCUGAGCCCCCGGAGACCGUGCUCUAGGUGAAGACUUGGAAUUAGAGCAGCCACUUCAAGUGAAGACCUUACACGAAAUUAGCAGGAAUGAUCCCCCAAAAUUGUGAAUCAUCUCUGAGUCUCCCAAAUUAAUUUAUGUUUUUCAUUGUCUAAAGGCUUUUUGAUUUACUUUGAUUACGGCCAGAGUGAAUAUUUCAAGACAAAAAAAGGUCCAAAAUCCACAAAUCUCGUUUCAACACUAUGGCCAGCCCACACAGCCCAGCGUUUUUUUCUCAAAAAGACGCUUUCUUUUAAAAAAAUUGAAAAAAAUAUUGAUAAAUUAAAUAUUUUCCAGGUAUCUCUCUAAGUUGCUCUGUCGCGCAAAGUUUGGACGCCCCGCCAAAGGAGAAAAAAAUAAUCAACGUUUGUAAUCAUUUUAUGUUUUUUUGGCGCCAAGUUACAACUUUAUACUUUUUUUUUUUGAAUUGUCGAAAUCCGAAAUUUUGUCUUUUCGGUGUAUGAUUGGUAGUUAGCGACAUGUUUUUCGCUUAUACGUUUUUAAGCUUCAAAAAAAGCUACCAAUUUUUUUGAAAAAAAUUCAAAUAUGAACUUUUUGAAAGAAGCUUCAUAUGGUCGCUUGGUUGGAAAAUAUAAGAAAAAUCGAUUGGAAAAUUUUGAAAAAAUAUAUUUCAAGAAACUUUUUUUCAAAGUUUGAAACCUUGGCGCAAAAAAAAACAGUUUUAAAUGUACCAAAUUUCGGGUUUCAGAGUACGGACAAUGGGUCAAUACCCAGCUACGGUACCUCCCGGAAGUCGAAAUGGAAAAAGAUGUCAAGACCCGAAUCACCGAAGUCUUCGAAAUUUUGAGAGUAAGUUGAUUUUGAAGCUUUUUGUGGGGUUUUGCUUCAAAAAAAAAAUCACAAUCCUCGGACUAUAAUUUGGUCUGAAUUCAAAUUGAUACUUUACCAUUGAAGGUAUUUUUUUGUCGUCGUGAGAUUUAUUCUGAACUUGAGGCGUGUGGAGGACGUUUUCUUUGAUUGAGCUAGUUUUUGGGAGAUGAAUAUUAUCGAGCUUCGAAAUUCGUUCUCUUCGGAAUUCGUUCCAUUUAAAAAAGGUUUUGGGGAGAAAAAGGGUCUGCGUGGGAGCAAAAUUAGGUUGGAAGGUGAAAUUGAGCAGUUUUCAUGUUUCAGUACAAUCUUUGAGCUCAGAUUGGAAAUCAGAGGCCAUUUAAAAGACAGUUUACGCAGCGUAAAUGAUUCUACAAAACUACAAAAACAUAGGUCUCGAAGCGAAGUCCCCUCAAAUUUUGUACACAGUAUUUUUUUUAGAAGCCUCUAAAUUUAAAUUAGCGCUGCGAAAAAAUCCUUUAUAAAAGUGGAAAACAUUUUUGAAAAAACAAAAAACCACAACAAAAAACCACAACAAAAAACCACAAAAGUGCUCCACAGAGCGCGAAAAAAGGCAUUUUUUUGUACCUGCCUCAUUCAAAAAUAUACCGAAAUACAAGCUAUCAGAAUCAGAAAAAAUUCUCAAAAAUCUUCAGCUUUGCCACAUAACACUGCUCCUCGACGAAGACUUCAACUCUCUCGAAGCUUACAACGUCCUGAAAAUGGAGAUGGAGGCGAGGAAGGCGACCCUGACCCAGGAAGCUCUCCAGAUCUGGGAGGGACUCCAGAAUCGACUGUCCUCUCUUUCCAACAGCGAAAACGAGAUUCUCAGGGCUCUCGAAUCGUUCGUUUUUCCACAUUCAUUGAAUGAAACUUCUAAUAUCUCAAUAAAGCGCGAUUGUGCAGAAAAAAAAGACGUAAUAUUCCGAAUUUUCCUAGAAAAACGGCCGUAAAUUGAUCUCUCCGAAAAAAAAAAAUCGAACCAAAACCAUGGUCUCCAGGUUGGUAGAAAAUUGAUCGUGAAAUGUUAAAAUUUUACAUUUUCUCAAACUCCAGAAUCAAAUGAACUUUUACGGGUGUUUGAAGUGUAAAAACUCGGACAAAGAGAGAAAAAAAGCGUGAAGUUCUUAUUGUUUUGCACUUAGGGAACCUAGAAACGCAGUUCAGCGUAGUCACAUUGAUUUAUUUAUCUGGAUGCUUGGAUUCUUCUUCUGAACAAAAACUGGGAUAAAAAAGUCGUGCAAAGUAAAAAAAAAAUUUGAAGUUUCUUGAACAACUUUUUAUGAACUAUGUUGAUGAUUGAAGAUGAUAUAAUUAUUCACAUGCCUAUGUAUACACUACACUUAUUUUUUGAGGCAAUUGAUCGAUCAACACCUCAAAAAGAGCGACUUCCGUUGCAUCAUCUUCGUCCAAACCCGACAAGGCGUCAACAUUUUGAAACGAAUCCUGAACGGCUCCCAAAAGUUGGCCAUUUAUGGAAUCUCCGCCGAUUGCAUUUCCGGUUCGUUUCCGAAGAUUUGGAAAGACCUAGAAGAGAUCUCAGGUAUCAACCGAGGGUCAAGUGCGGAAUCUUCCUCUUUCUCGCGUCAAUCUCAGAAGGAAGUCCUCGAAAGGUUUUUCAUUGGGCAGAUCAUUUUUCAUCUUCUUGAGGGGUUUUGAAAGAGUUUUAGAUAGUAGAAAUAUGAAUGAAGUUCAUUAUUACUAUGAAAACCCUUCAAAUUAUUGUUCAAAAGAACAUAAACCUCCAAAAUAAAGGGAAAAAAUAUCAAUCUGGGGCCGAAGGUGUAGGAGUUAAUGGUAACAAAAGACCGGUGAUUUUUUCAACUUGAAGAAUUUUUCGAGAUAUUUUGAAGGUUUUUUUUUCUCCCUCUAACUUUUGAAUUCCUAUCGCUGAAGGUAUAUAUAUCGGAAAAUACUGGCUUUGAAAUUUGGAAAAAAAAUCGUUGUGUGAAAAAAAGUUUUGAACAUGCAUCGGCUGCAUUCUACCCCAGUCUUUUGAACUCGAAAAAACUGUUUUUGAACGACUGAAUCUAAAAAAAAAGGAGUCUUUUUUUCAGUUUUGAAAAGGGCGAAAAGAAAGUUUUGAUCGCGACUUCGGUGGCCGAGGAAGGCCUCGACGUCGCAAAAUGCAACCUGGUCAUCAAGUACAACUAUGCGACGAACGUCAUUGCACACGUCCAGCGACGAGGUUCCCUGAAAUGAAUAUUCAUUCGAAGAUGAUCAUUGUUCCCCAGGACGAGGUCGUGAAAUCGGCUCCCGUUGCAUUCUGAUCACGAACAAGAAGGAGCUCAAAGCCCAGGAAGAGCAGAAUCGAAUGAGGGUUUUGAUUUAUUUCAAAUCGAAAGCUUCAAUCGAUUUUUUUGAUUUUUAGGAGAACAUAAUGAAUGCCGCAAUCGCUCGCAUUCAGAAUUGCGAUUUUGAUCUGGAAAAUGAGGUUGGAUUUUUUAUAUCUUUCGGGAAAAUUUUGGAUAAAAACAUGAAAAAGAGUAAUCACAUCGAAAAACAUUUUUUUGGGAUAAGAAACCUAAGAAAUUUUUAGAGAACUUGAAAUUUGAAAAAAAAAUCAAGAUUUUUCUGCCCCAGUUCCCAAAAAAGUAUUUUAUGAUCUUUAGCUAACCAAAAGAAUUAAAAAAACUAACGAAUUUUCGAAGAUUAGAUGAUAAUUAGAAUUUUAAGGGGAAUGUUUUUUUGAAGCUGAAAAAAAAAAAAAAAUGACUUUCGACUCAAAAAAAAGGUUCUGAUCUUUAACCAAUCGAAAAAAUUUAAAGCUAAAAAAUUAAAAAACUUGAUCGACAAUUCAAAUUAUCAUGGAAAUCUUUCCGAAGCUUGACUUUUUGAAUAUUUUCUAUAGUCCGUCCACCGCGGCUUGACACUUUUCGCGUGUCUGCGUCUCUCUGUUCUCUCACCGACGAGGUCAGCGAAUCAUGAAAACAUCACGUAAACAUGAGAGAUUCGCCGAGAGAGCAGGAUGGCGCAGACAAGUUCCGCCUGUUUAAGCCGCGAAAAACGGUCUAUAGGGGCUUUCUUUUAAAAAAUUCAGGGGACUUCAUGCUUCAAAUUUCGAAUUUCGCCGAAAUUUAGUCAUUUACUUAAAAGGCUGUUGUUAAAACCCUUCUGUGUCUCAAAAAAUCAUGAAAAAACCCUGGUUUUCCUUCAAUUUCGAACUUUAAAAAGCUCCUCACUCUUUACAGGUCGAAAAGCUGGUGCUCAAAAAGUGGGAGGAGAUUCUUUUCGAGGACAAACAGUCGGAAAAGAGAGUCGCAUGCCAGGCGCAGGCUGGAGUUCUCUACGAAAUCCUUUGCAAGUUCGUGUCAAAUGUCAUAAGUUCCCCAAUUUUACCCAUUUUUCAUAGCAUCCUGGAAAGUUCGGUCAGUUAGAAAGGUUUUAUUAGAAGGGAUUUUAAUAUAAAAGUGGGAACGGUUGAAGGAUUUUUCUCUACAAUAUGAAUUGUUUAGAAAUAUGAUUUUCCGAAAACUUUUUUUAUUUUUACAUUAAAUUCUUCAAAGAUUGUCUUUUUUUCUAUUGUUUUUUGUAUCAUCAAAAUUUGUUCUCGGAUUUAAUUGACCACGAUUUUUCACAUGAAAUAAUUGGAAUUCAAGUCUAUAAAAGAGUUUAAAAUUGACUCAAAAAAUUCCUUUUUGUACUGGUAGUACUUGAUUUUUGACGUUUUCAAUUUUAAAUUAUUUUUUAGAAAUUGAGAACUAAAAACAUUCUGAAAAAGUGAGUUUCUUUGGACAAAAGGGGGAAAUUUCAAAAUUUCAAAAAGAAUUACUACAGUCUUCUUCUUCUUCUUCUUCCUACGCCUUUGUACCGCUUGAGCGGCGUCGGCGCCCCAAGUCGAUCAGCCGAGGUCCUAUCCUGAUAUCAGUGGACUGGCUCCAGUAACAUAUCCGCCCUUGUGUGUGACGGCUGGGGAUUAUGAAGCUGUGGUUUCCCACUACCAACUUUUCUUGAACCCCUUGGUUGGGUCGAGGCGGGGAUCGAACUCGUGACCCUGUGGACCGUAGACAGGCACACAACCUGUUGCGCUACGGCGCGCCCCUAAAAUUAUUAUUACAAUGAAUCCUCCGAAAUGAGCAAAACAACCGACUUUUCCAGUAAUUCAACUAGUUGGAUCUCAAAAAACAUGCUUCAUAAUUUAUAAAUUUUUCCAGAAAGUGUAACAAGAAGUUGUGUACGAACCAAGAAGUGCGCAAGUCUCUCUCGCAGUACGUUGUCUGCAAAAACGACUUUUGGAAUAAGGUUCCAUUUUUUCGAGUUAUAAAAAGACUAAUGAUUGCAAUUUGUAGGUGAGAACCUUCAACCUGAGCCCCGCAGAACUGGAACGAGAUCAGCGUUUUGGAAGCGUCGGAAAGGUGCCUUUUUAGGGUCUUUGAAGGUUCAGAAGGAAGGAAAAAGGAUGAUUUUUUUUACUUUUGGCUGGAAAUUUUUUAGAAUGGUGCCCCGAUUAUUUCUUGACCCACUAGGGAAAGGAACCUCUUAAAAAUUCAUGCUUCCUAAAAAAAAAAGGAAUAAUAUUCGUCUGGCGUUUGAGGAUUUUCUAACUUAAAGAAUUUCUAAUUACUCGAAAAGUUCACGAUCUUCAUCUGGCACAAUAAAAAAAACAAAAACACAAAAGAAAAUCAGUUACUUCGUAAAUUUGAAUUUCAAGCCUCUUAGCUUAGUUGAAAGUUUUAUAAUCGAAAAAAAUCAGCUAGAAAAACGAAAAAAAAAUAUAUUUUUGAAGUUACAACUGUAAAAGUUGAAUAGAAAAUGAACCCAAAAAAAGCAUAGAUAGAUUCAAAUUUUUUUGAAAGUGAAGUUUUCAGAUAGCAGUUCUAGGAUUUCCUUGUUACUAUUACUUAAUUGGUUUAAAAAAAGUUCUCGCACACUUUGGCUGGAAAAAAAGUAUCAAUACUUGAUUAAUAAAAAAAUUUCUAUUCAAAAAAAUGCAUUUUUUUCAAGUACCCAGGUGCUGAAAAAAGAGUAUUAUAUUCAAAAAUUGAUUUUUCAAGCCUCUAGGUAAUGGAAAAACUCAAGCUUCAUAAUGGUGUCCAUAAUUGAAUUGAAACAGUCGUUUUAAAACAUCGUAUUUUACCUCCUGAGGGGAUUUCUUCAGAUCCGUUGCAACGGAACCAACUGUUCGAAUGCCUUGGGAAGGAUCGUACUGAUCAGCGAAGUCCGAUAUCCUUGCAUCAGCGCCAGCGGUGAUUCUUGGCCUUUCCCCCAAAAAUAACCCUUUGAUGCAUUCUCAGACAUUGUCCUGCGGUUCGAAGCUGACGGCUCGGUGAAUCGAAAAGUCGUCAAGAAAUGGAAAGAGGCGAGUUUUUUUGGCUAGGAGAAACUGGUUCAUAAGCAAGAAGGGUAAAUUUACGGAGUUUUCAGAGUUAGCCGUGGAGCACACUUCCUUUUUUGUUAAAAGCUUCAAGCGGUCUUUUUUCUGUAGUUUUUUUCACAACUGAAACCUUUUUGGUAGAAAAUUUUUUCUGAGAAGCGAUUUAUUUACUUUUUCAUUGAAUCUACGAUAUUAAAAAUAAGCAAAAGAUUAGGAAAUUCGAAAGACCACUGUAGGGACCACUUGAGCUUCAGCAGUUUAAGGGUCAGACCCACAAACCCUAAAGGAACCACCUCAAUUUUAGCCCUCUAGGGAGCACUAUUUUGUCCACUGUAGGGGCUUUUUUCCCUUUCACUCUAACCUCCCUAAGGAUCAAAACAAAAUUUGAAUGUUACCUGGAUGAAUAUUCAAAUCCUUUCUUUUGCAGAUUGAAGAGAAAUUCUUCACUCCGCAGCCUUUGAGCGUCCUGGACAAGCAAAUCAUGCGAGGAGCGAUGCCAACUGUUCAGGCGACUCAAAUUGAAACUUUCGACGUCUUGUUACCUAUCUAA